AGUUUGGUACGUAAACGGGUAACAGUACAAGGUAGAAUUUAGUCGUUAAAGUAUCGCUGAGAAGUAAAGUCCGUGUUUGAGUUUUGGAGUAAUGGCUGACGAUUUGGAGAAGUUCGAUUACAGUAUCUAUGAUUUUCCCAGCCCUAUGUGGUACAUGAUACCUGAAUGGGAAGUAGCCGUAAAAAUUACAACGUUCAUCCCGAUCAUACUAUUCGGAAUUCUCGGUAACAUUAUGCUUUUGAAUGUGAUCAUUCGAAACAGAUCGUUACAGACACCGACUAAUUUGCUAUUGGCAAACAUGGCAGUGGCAGAUUUCUUCGUUCUGACAAUUUGUUCGACCAUGUUCUUGUUUAAGGACUUUUACCAAAAUUUCAUACUUGGGGCAAUUGGUUGCAAAAUGGAGGGAUAUGUUCAAGGUGCUUUACUAGUGACUGCAGUGUUUAACUUAUGUGCUGUAACAUAUGAACGAUUAACAGCAAUAGUAUUGCCAAUGGAGACUCGACUGACCAUAUUUUCUUGUAAAAUUGUUAUGGCUUGUGCGUGGGUUGGUGGAUUUACCCUGGCUGUUCCAUUAGCUGUGUACAGAACAUAUAAAGAACGAGAAUGGAAAAACUUUGUGGAAACUUUCUGUAUGGAAAACACAACAGUGUUGCCAACAUAUUGGCACGUUCUUAUUGCAACGAUCGUAUGGUUUCCACUUUGUGCAAUGAUUAUCUGUUAUUCGGCAAUAUUUUGGAAGCUUGACAGAUAUGAAGCGAAGGUCCUCAAACGGGAAAAUCCGAUCUGCGUAUCAUACAAAACCAAAGUGGCCAGAACGUUAUUCAUUGUGGUUGUUACAUUUCUUGUUUUACGGCUACCAUUCACAACUUUGGUAUUCAUUCGAAACAAUUGGCUGAAGAAAUCGCAAAUGAAUCAAGCAGCCGGCUUCGAAAGUUUUUCGUAUGCGUCCCAAUAUUUGAUAUACGUCAAUGCUGCUAUCAAUCCCGUCAUCUACGGUCUGACAAAUGACACCUUUAAACGAGCCUACCAUCAAACUCCAAUGCUAGCAUGCCUAUCGAAAUCGAAGGCUCAUCAAGCCAAUGAUGUUUUCAGCAAAAAGCGUAAUGAAUCAAGCAUUUGGUUUUGGAUUGCUUCGAAACAUCGCUGGGGUCAAGGUUUUGACAACAGUAAAGCAACGAUAACAACGAAAAUUAAGAUCAUUUCCAACUUGGCCGAAGCUGAGAAUUCUGGUUCGGGAAAUUCGGAUUUAAAUUCCAAUGUCAAGCAGACAUCGACUGCUGUCAUUUGAACGUUGCAAUCCAAUUAUUUGAUUCGAACAUAGCACUGCAGUUGACGAGUUGACCCAAGUGCUUUGGAUUCCGAAGCAUAAAAUUAACUUAUCACUCUAUUGUAAGGAAAUAUACUGAUAGUACGACGCACGACGUCUAGUUGAUAUGAAUUGAAAUAAAAAAGAAAA